GAAGCUAAGUUCACGUGAUACCGUAACAGAAUCAAUCUGAAUAAGGUAACUAAAGAUGCAACCAACAAUAGUCAACUCUCCAGAUGUUAUUUGUAUGAUAUCGGUUUUUCCCCAAGCCCGAGAGAUUCAGUGCUAUUCAGUGUGUAAUGAAUGAUGAAUUCGAACGCAGAACCUUUCGAACCUAUAGUUUGAGAUAUAUUUCGUAAUACCGUUAGUAUUAACAGUGUCAAAUGUUUAUCACCAAUCAUAGAAAGAAAAAGUAUUGAAUUCAAUGCUCGUCUUUUAUUAUCGCAUAAGUUGACACUCCGAGUAGUCAGUAUGAAUGUUUAAAAUGUUAAGUAUUCAGAAAAUUUUGACAGUGACUGUAUUAUUAUUGUUUAAUCUUCAUGGAGUUAUUACUUUACGAAAUCUAUCAUUAUCUCGUGUCGUUAUCGAGGCAGUAUAUGAAGAAGAAUAUCAACUUGCCAUAAACAACACAGUUGAAUAUGUUUUCUUAUACCGUACUAACAAUAAAGAAUGGAUGGACUCUACUAGAAUUGAAGUUGAAAGCAAUGCCACUCAUGACCUGCCUCUUAUUGUGGUUGUGCGUCAAAAGAAAGGAAUUCUAUCAUGGCAGAUUCCUCUUGUCGUAGAUAGCAUGCAUUUUAAUGAUGUAGCUUAUAAUAAAACUAGUCGAACUCUAUGUUCAACAAAAGAUUAUCAAAACAAACAAGGAGAUGAACAAGAAGAAUUUGUUACAGUUAGCUUGUACACUGCUAGUCAUAAAAAUGUCUCAUUUAAGCUUAACGUAACACAGGACACACAAUUUUAUUUGAGAACAGGAGAAAAGAGAUUAAUGGAAAUUUCUCCAUCUGAACCUAUUUACUAUGGUUAUACAUUUCAAGAGCAAGUGGAAAGUUCUUCUGUUAUUGUUCAUGUUGAAUCUGAGAGUGAUAUUUGUAUGACAGUAUCUAUACAAAAUAUAUCGUGUCCUGUAUUUGAUUUAGAAAGGAACAUUGAAUUUGCUGGUUACUGGCAAACUGUAAAUCGACAGGGUGGUAUUACUAUACCUAGAGAAGCUUAUCCAAUGGGAUUUUUUGUUGUACUUGUAGUAAAAGGUGAUGACACCGAUUGUUAUGGAUCGCCUAGUACAAUUGAUUUACGGAAUAAAAAAGUGGCGUUAACUAUAAAUGCUAGUAUAACCAAACACGAUUAUAUUGUCGCAAUAAGCAUAGUGAUAUCUGUUAUUUUCACUUUUUGCCUUAUUUAUGUUGUGGGCAUUGUGUUGUUCAACAUUAAAGAAGGUAGAAAAAUUCAACAAGAAUUACUGGACAAUCAAAUAUGCCAAGAUUUGAAUGAACCUAUGCAGAGUCCUUCAACAUUAGAAGAAACAGGACCGAAUCGGUUAGUAUCUAUAGAAGAAGAUUCGUCGCUGGAUGAAGAUGAUAUUGAUAUAAUGGAAGAUGCUUUUUCCGAUAAAGAAGUGAUACGAACGAAACUUGUACUUUCGGUUUGCGAUUUGGCUCGCAAAGAUCCAAAUAUUCUAAGGCACAAGUCUCGAUUAUAUUUAUAUUAUUUAGCAACGGUCGCUGUCUUCUAUACUUUACCCGUUCUCCAAUUAGUAAUCACUUACCAAAACGUACUUCAUGUUACUGGAAACCAAGAUAUGUGUUACUAUAAUUUCUUAUGUGCCCAUCCAUUUGGAUUUCUGUCAGACGUAAAUCAUGUUUUUUCGAAUUUCGGGUAUGUAAUGUUAGGUCUCUUGUUUAUAUUUGUGACAUACUCUCGUGAAAACAAUGAAAAGGAUAAAGAAAAAAAUAAGUGUUACGGUAUACCGCAACAUUACGGAUUGUUUUAUGCGCUUGGUUCUGCGCUUAUCAUGGAAGGAAUACUUUCAGGGAGCUAUCAUGUGUGUCCAAAUCGAAGUAAUUUUCAAUUCGACACCAGUUUUAUGUACAUUAUAGCAGUACUUUGCAUGAUUAAAAUUUACCAAACACGUCAUCCUGAUAUAAACGCUCGAGCGCCGGUUACAUUUGGAAUCUUGGCUUUGGUGAUUCUGCUUGGAUUAAUCGGCGUCUUGAAUGGUUCCACUUGUUUCUGGAUUAUAUUUACAAUUAUGCAUUUAUCGAUUUGCUUGUUUUUAACUCUUCAAAUUUAUUAUAUGGGACGAUGGAGACGAAAAGGUCUCCUCGCAAGAAUAAUACAGUCUUGUAGAUAUGAUGCCCAUACCGGAAUUAAAAAUAUGUUUCGACCCUUGUAUCUGGGACGAUUUGUAAUGCUUGUCAUAGCAAAUUUAUGUAAUGUUACUCUCGCAGUAUUUGGAAACAUAAGUCAUGAAAACAAUUUUGCAACGUUCCUGUUAGCUAUAUUAAUGUCCAAUUUAAUGCUGUAUACUAUUUUUUAUAUUGCAAUGAAGCUUUGCCAUAGAGAACGGAUCCUUCUACAACCAUUGAUUUAUAUCAUUUUGUCAAUUGUGUUGUGGGCUGCAGCUAUGUACUUUUUUAUAAACAAAACUAUUUCAUGGGCGGUUACUCCAGCACAAUCUCGUCUUUAUAAUAAACCCUGCAGGGUCCUAAACUUUUUUGACAACCAUGACAUUUGGCACUUUUUGUCUGCCUUAGCAAUGUUCUUCUCUUUUAUGGGUUUGCUUACCCUAGAUGACGAUCUAAUCGAUGUACACCGAAGUCAAAUACCAGUCUUUUGAGGGCAAUGACACGAACAGAAGUUAUUUCUAAUCUUUUUUUUUUCAUCUCUUUAUGACGAUAUGAUUGUAUAUAAUAUACAUUUUAUCUUGAUACUAAUGAAUUA